AUGUCUGGCUCAGUUCUUGCCGCGCGCACUCAUACUGCGCCCUCACAUCCUCCUCCGGACACCUCCGUGGAGGAUCCCGCCGCGUCGCUCAGGGCCGCUGCUUUACUUACUCUGAGGUCCAAGAAGAAACGGAAGCUCACCAACGACACGCCGGCUCCUCCGCCGCCCCGGGCACCUCUCACCCCGCCAUCCAUCGAACUCGACUACGGCACCGACGAACCCGUUCCUCCCCCUUCGUCCAUAGCCUCUUCACCCGCCAUGCAGCCAACCGUUCCCCCGCCAGUCCCGCAGAGCAGAGAGACGAUGGGGUCGACGAAGACGCCAGAACCGCAUUCACCGAAUCUUGACCAUCAAGUUCCCGCCAUGACCCAAAUGCUACCGCCGCCGCUCCCUCAGCCGAAACUUGAGCCUCUAUCCCCAGCCCUUUCGUUCGCCCUUCCUGCCCAGCUGCCGUCUGCUUUGGCGGCGUCAACUCCGUCUGUUGUUGACGAGGCGCAUGUGAGGCCAGGACUCGCUCUCACUCAACCUCAGUAUGAUACCGCUAAGGAUAUUGUUCUCGAUCUUCUUGGCUGGGGCGUCCCUCCAGAAUACCUCGUCAAUUGCGGCCUCAGUCGAGAAAUCAUCUACUACGUCUUCGUUGAACUCAACCUUCGGCUGCCAAACAACCUCAACGCCACGGGUUUGUCACCCUACAUCCCUUCUCCUCGUGUGCCUACGUCCCCCUCCCAUCGACCUUCAAUCGUAUCUGCACCUCCGAAGUCUCCCCCUGUCACUGAACCUUCAAGAUCUCUAUCGGCUUCCGCCACGCCAUUUGUCCCGUCCACUGGUCAGAAUGAAACAGCGACAUCUUCGACAAGUUUGAACGACAUGGAGCAACAGCGGAGGGCUGAGCUCCUGGCUCGCAAAGCCGUGCUCGCAUCUCGGAAACUCAAGCAACAGAACUCGGUGCUCUACAACUCCGCUGCCAGUUUCCCGCCCACCUCUACGCCAACCCCUCCAGCGAACGAUCAAGAAGCGCCCGUUGUUGUUCCCACCAAAGCGGUUGAAGAUUUCCUCAGCACUAUUGAACCUUCCGCACCGCACAGUAACGGGACAAGAUCCGUCACGCCGCCGCACGCUUCCCCCUCGCGUACUUUCUCCACGGACUUCAUGGAUGUCGACGAAGUCCCCGGCUUAUCAGGCGGGAUCACUGAGUACACUCCAAUCGCUCGCCCCAUCCGAGGUCCCCCACGCUCGCCGACGGAGCCUCUGUCUUCUGUGUCCGCCACUUCCGGGUACUCCUAUCAGCCCGGUGGAGAUUCCUACACGGUCGAUGGCGCAUUGUCGUACGACAGUAUCGACGACUCUGACGCCAUCCCCGGUCUCUUUCAAGAUCGUGCGCCAUCGGAGGAGCUAACCAGAAGGGGAACAAAGCGCCCCGUGGCGUCCGACUUCGUCGACAUGGAGGCUGCCGGUCCUUCCCAUGGUCAAGUGUGGGAUCCCGACACCGACUUUCGCCGCCCUACCCGGCGUCGGAAGCACAACAGCUUCGCGGGUCUUACUCAACGACGAUGUGUUAUUGACUUGAGUGACAACGAGGAUGACGGGGAAGGCAGCACUCCUACAUCGAGCGAAAUUCCAUCGGGGAGGGAUUCUCAAGGCCCUGCAGCAGUCACGCCCCAAGCCUCGCUUAUUGCUACACCGACCGUCACCGCUUCGUCCACCCCCGCAGCUAUGUCGAGCUUCGCUCUUGAAGCCAAGGAAGAGCAGAUACGUCAGAUGAAGGAGAUGAUCGCUAGACGUGAACAGAUCAAGCUACGGAAGCUUGCCAUGAUGUCGCGCUCAGCGAAUCCAUCAUUUGAGUCGCAGUCAGGCUCGGCCCAUGUCAAGGAGGAAGAUGAUGACUCUUCCUCGACUGCUCCGUCAUUGCGCCAGUCUCGGAGUAGUGAAUCGUCCACUCCUGGCCCUUCCAGUACGGAGGAGCGUUCAGUCAUUGCCACGUUGUUGCUGGAUGAUGGUUCCGACCAACCAACUGUGUCGCUGCCUGAUUCUGAGUUCACUAGUGGUGCUACUAGUCCAUCAGAUAACACGCGCCAAGUCUGCCAGUAUGAUUUCAGCGGAGAGUGUAGAAUCAAGGAUUGCGAGAACUUGCACCUAUCCAAGGUUCAAACGCUGGAGCCCGAUGAUGAGGAUACCGCGCAGUUUCUGUGCGCCGCGAUACCCUAUGGCCAGCGAUAUGGCGUCGAAGUCUUCCGGAAAGCGCUUGAUGUAGCCAGACUCAGCCACCCCACGCACCCCUUCGACGCCCGAGUGCAAGAGGCUCUGACGCGUCUAGGUCUCCGAUAG